AUGAAGCGUUCGGCGGCGUCCACCGUACCCCUCGUCCUCCUCCUCCUCCUCGCCGUCGUGAAGGCGUCUGCCGCCGCCACCGGCGGCAAGGCCGACGCCGCGGAGGCAGAGCACGCCGCCAACUACCUCGUCUACGUGGACCCACACCCCACGGGCGUCGACUGCCAGGAAUCAUCACUGAUUAUUGCUUGUUUUGUGGAUGGAGAGCAACCUCAGGUGAACCGGGUGCUCCCGAGCGCGACCUUGUCUCUGAUGAGCAGCAAGUUCGACGGCGUCAGCUAA